CGAGCGCGCCAUGCUCUUCGAAACCAUACAAAUCUGGCUGCUGCUCGCACUUUUCCGCGGUGCCGUCGGUGGGAAAAAAUGGGAGUACGAGCCCGUGUCCAUAGCCACCUACAGCACGGAUGAGAGCCAGCUGAAAGUCGAGUCCAAAAUCGAUCGUCUGAAGCGCGGAGAGUUUGGCCUCACGGCCAUUUUGGAGUGGAAAUACGAUACAGACGAGACCACAAUGGUCGAAGCGAGUGCUUACCGCAGCGAUUCUGGGGCGGAGAACGAUUACAAACUGCUGCCGUGGACCAUCCCGAAGCAGCCCUUCUUCGACUAUCUCGACACGUACUACAAGGACGUGAUCAUUAAGAACCUUGGCCACUGCUCGAAUCUGCCGCAGUUCACGGGAAAGUUCCAGCCGCCGUGGCCGAAGCAAACCUACAAGGUCGAUAAAUGCAUCUUCGAUGGCGAGGGGCUUCCGGAAGUAGUUCCGCCUGGUUUCUACAAGAUUAUCUUCAUAACCUCGGGACCCAAUCAGCCUGAAUGGGGUUUCACCUUAGUCCUCAAGGUAACAACCAAAUUAUUUUAGGCAAUUCUUUUUCAAAAAUCUGCGAAU